AUGAGGAGCCUCAAAACCCCGGUGCUUCUCUCAGCCUUGUUGGCCCUGGCACCUGGUGCGUUGUCUCAGUGUUUCAACGAUACCCUUACCUAUUCCUCUACCCAGUCACUUACCAGUACGGUCCAAUUCACAUCUUGCGACGAAGCGGCAGACGGCCCGAGGGUCUUCCCCAUCGACCUUACUUCGUACGAUUGGUGGUACUUUGAUACUGUGUCCGACGAUGGGACACAGGCCCUUACGAUCAUAUUCUUUGCGUCUUCCUUCCUCGGAUUCUCGAAUACAGCGAGCAUCGAAGAUAUCCUGAACGUGGCCAUCGCUGCAACCUUUCCAAACGGUACACAAGUGAGCCAGACGGCUCUGGCAACUGCUGUGACUGUCAAUACUAUCGGAAACGGGGCUUCGGGUGACUGGACUGGUAGCGGAUGCAGCUUUACAGGCACACCUGAUUUGAGCCAAUACGCAAUUACGAUCAACAACCCCUCCCUAGGGAUUUCUGGUACUGUUGAUUUUGUCUCGCGCGGCCCAGGACACUACCCAUGCAGCCCUCUCGUCGGCGGUGCAGACGAGCAGAUCAUGCCCCAUGUUGGCUGGGCUAAUGUGUUGCCCGCGGCGGAUGCAACCGUCCAUAUGAACUUUGGAGGAUCGCCCAUGAACUUCCAAGGCAACGGUUAUCACGAUAAGAACUGGGGUGACAUUCCCUUCGUCAGUGCCGUGCAGAGCUGGUACUGGGGCCACGGCACCUUCGGAGACUACCACAUGGUGUGGUACGACGCACUCGACUCGACAGGCAGCGAGACCGUUAGCGGGUAUCUCUUGAAAGACGGCCAAGUCGUCGGUUCAACGUGUGCACUCGGCUCGGCCGGACUCCAGGUUCGACCGGUGGGCACGCCGUACCCGCCAACCCUGCUCACACCGAAUCCGACCCAGUUCACCAUCGUCAUGAAACUCGACAAUGGCGAAAUACUCAACGCCACCGUGACGCCCUACAACACUCAAGUCGACUCCCCAACAUACUCGCGCUGGUUUGGAAACAUCGCAGUGAGCCUGAACGGCGUCGAAUCGUCUGGCUCGGCCCUAUGGGAGCAAUUCAAACUCGUCCUCUGA